AUGGAGUUCCACACGUUUGUUCUUUGUGGCCCUGGAAAACAACUUGCACCGUUCUCCAAAGAGAGAUCUACCGGUAUUGCCAAGGCGCUCUUACCCGUGGCCAACAGACCCAUGGUUGAGUACGUUCUAGACUGGUGUGAGAAGGCAUUUUUCCCUAAAGUCACCUUGGUAUGUGAUCCAGAGUCACAGGAUGACAUCCAGAAAGCAUUGGAUGCAUACAAAUCCCGCAAGAUCUCGGAAUUGGCGGGCAACUCCUCCGACUUGGACGAUAAUACCGUGCAGUUUGCUGAGUCCAUCGAUGUCAUUUCCUUACCAGCACCUACCAACGGGCUGGUGUUGCAGCAUGUAGUCAAGAAGGCGCUUCUAAAACCAUACCAGCACUUUGCACUUCUUCCCUGUGACUUCAUAACCGACUUGCCUCCACAGGUGCUUAUUGAAGCCUAUAGAAGCAGACAAGAUUCCGAUGUGGGUCUUGCGGUGAGCUACAGAAACCAAUUGGAGAUCGAGGACAAGAAACAUCGCAUUUUUCCUAAAAAUUUCACCGUGUUCACGGACUUGCCCAACGGUGAUGCCCAGAUGUUGGACUAUUACUCAGCCGAGGAUGUUGAGUUCCACAAGGCGUUCAAGAUAAGAACCCAAAUGGUCUGGAACUACCCCAAUUCCACCGUCAGUCUGACGCUCUUGAACAGUUCUAUUUUCUUGGGUGACGGCAAGAGAAUCGCCGAAAUCUUGGAUGACAACCAGCACAAGUUCACUGAUGCAUACUUUAACAACAGGCCACUAAUCAAAGUCAUCAGAGAUUUGGCCCGUAAACCAUGGCAGAGUGUUAGUCAUGACUCCACCGUGGGUUUCUUGGUCGUUCCUGAAGUGGCCAGCUUUGUGCGCUCCAAUAAUUUACCUGUUCUCUUAGAAGCCAACAGACAAUACUUAAAAUUGCAGGCGAGAGACAAUGCAGGUAAGCCUGCUGCUCCGAAGGACAAAACAGCCGCCAAUGUUGGUGCUGACGCCUUGGUGGGCGACGGCACGGUAUUGGGUGAAAAGACCAACGUCAAGCGCAGUGUGGUGGGCCGCAAUUGUGUAAUUGGCAAGAGAGUCAAGUUAACAGGUUCCAUUAUUUUGGACAAUGUAGUCAUUGAGGACGACGCACAGUUGGAGAACUGUAUCAUUGGACAGAAAGCCAUCAUCCGCAGCAAAUGUAAAUUGACCAAUUGUUACGUGGAAUCCACUAAUGAGGUUGUCAAGGGUACGCAGUCGAAGGGAGAUACGUUAUUGUGUUUGACAUUGGAGGGCUUAGUAGAGUCUGAGUCUGCCGUGGAGUCGACAAGUUCUCUGGAAGGCUCCUCGGAUGACGAUUACGAUGAGUACGAGUACGAUGAUGAGGAGUACGGAGAUAAUUCCGACGGUUUAUUUGGAUACUAG